GUAGCACACUGAAGUCACGCGUUACAUACACACGUGUUUAGAAAGUCACAAAGACAGUUAUGCUAAGCAAAUCUCCCCUAAACCCACUCCUCCUCUCCUCCGCGCAAUCUUCUCACCGGCGAUACGUAACGGUCACAUCCCCCACCGCUUCCUCACUCGGUUAUGCCUAAAUUCAGCAUCUCAAUUUCUCUCUCUAUUUCAUCUGAUCUGACCUAGGGUUUAAUAUUAUUCUCAAUUUCGCUUAUAGGAUGCGAUACAAUGGUGGCUAACGUCUCUUCUGUUACACCUAACCGUAACCCUAAGGUACCGUCACGAGCUCCGUCACCGGCUAAACCGAAACGCUCGCCGCUGGUACCGUCGGAGACCGAUAACAAUGUUUCGCUGCCACGUAGGCCGAAAUCUAGAGAUGUUACUUCACGAUACUUGUCUUCUACUGCUUCUUCCGCUUCCAACGCAACUACAAUGACGUCGACAUCGUCUUCAGGUUCGUUUUCUUCAACUACAACGACGUCGUCUUCGAAUUCUAUGUGUACGCCGCGGAGACGGUUUCCAUCGCCGUUAGUUUCAUCGACGAAUCUGAUGACUCCGAAAACGUCGUCUACGAUGAGCAACAAGCGAGCUCAGUCAACGGAACGGCGUCGUCCGGCGACUCCGCAGUCUGUUACGGCGAAGAUGUUGACGGCGAUGCCGGCGAGGAGUUUGUCGGUUUCGUUUCAAGGUCCGUCGUUUGCGAUUCCGGCAAGUAAGUCAUCGAAACCGCCGCCUGUUGUUAAUAAUAACGGAUCUAGGAAUUGUACACCGGAGAGGAGGCCUGUGACGCCAGUGAGGAAAUUAGCGAAUCCGAAUUCGAUUGAUCAGAAACGGUGGCCGGCGACGGCGAGAUCACGGCAGGGGGGUUUUAUGACGAGGAGUGUGGAUUUAACAAACGAGAAUGUGAACUUGAGUGGAUCUGGAACGGCUACUGCUGUUAGGGCGUUACAGAAAUCUAUGAUCGGUGAGAGUAAAUUGAAAGGUAAUAAACCUGAGGUUCUGGAGGUUAGUAAAAGUAUCGAUAAGCUUUUUAGUGAGUUUGAUAAUGCGGAUCGUGUGAAUUCGGAUGCGGAGAGUGUUUCCUCUGGCAGUACUCCGGGUAUUGUUCGAGGUGCGACGCCUCGUGGCAUUACGGUGCCGGCUAGGUUUAGGCAAGAGACUGUUAAUCGUCUCAGGAGGGUAGAACCGGAGCCUGUUUCACCUCCGCUGUCGCGAAACAAUAGGCCACUUUCGGCGAAUAGGUAUCUGAAAGAUGGCCCUGCACGAACACCGCGAGGAUUGUCUCCCUCUCCGAUUAGAGGAGCUGUUCGACCUGCCUCCCCGUGCAAGAGUGUGUUGGGGUCCGCGCCGUCUCCAUCAAGGGGUAUGUCCAGUCCAACGAGACCACGGAGUGCAGCAGGGUCUAAUAGUAAUUUGGGCAAUACGCAUUCGAUCCUCAGCUUUGCUGCUGAUACUAGGAGAAGGAAGGUAGGAGAUAACGCAAUUACUGAUGCACAUGAGUUGAGAUUGCUACACAACAAAUAUUUGCAAUGGAGGUUUGGAAAUGCUAGAGCAGAUGCUGCCAUGAUGGUCCAGAGAGCAACUGCUCAGAAAAGUCUAUAUAAUUCAUGGGUGACUACAUCAAAAAUGCGACAAUCUGUCAUAUCCAAACAAAUGGAAAUUCAACAGCUGAGGCAGAACUUGAUGUUGCAUACGCUUCUCCAAACUCAGAUACCAUAUUUGAAAGUUUGGGAUCAAGUUGAGAGGGAUCACAUCGUAUCUUUGUCUGGUGCUAUUGCGUCUCUGGAGUCCAGCACUCUUCGUGUUCCACUUGUUGAAGGAGCAAAGGUUGAUGUUCAAAGUUUAAAAGACGCUAUCCGUUCGGCUGCUGAUGUGAUGCAGACAAUGACAUCCUUAAUACGAUCUUUAGUGACAAAGGUGGAGCAUGUGACUACAUUGGCAUCUGAACUUGCAACCACAACAACAAAUGAACGAUCUACUAUUGAUCGGUGCAAGGAUCUGUUUUCAAUACUGGCAAACAUGGAGGUGCAGGACUGCAGCUUGAGGACACACUUGUUACAACUGCAACAACCACCUCCAACUGCAAUAACAGAACUGUAAAGCUGAUUUCCCUCUCUUUGACUUGCUUACUGGAAAAUUGCUAACUAUACAUGAAAUUCCUACUUUGCCCCUUGACCAUGAUACCUGGAGAAGUGUAAAAUGGUUGUUAUUCAUGGGCUUCUGCGGAAGAUUACAUUGUUGACGAUAUGUGAGAUGCGACUGUGUGACGUCGUGUAUAUGCAUAGAGUAGGAGAUCAUAAAGAUCAUUAUAUUUCACCUUCCAGUUAGAAAAUAUAUAUAUGUAUAUAUGGACAUUGAUACUUGUUUUAUUAUGCACAAGUUUCCUCUCGCCCCACCCUCUUUGAAUUUACUUUUUGUUCAAGGUUA